UUAAUCAACAGUUUUUUUUUUUUUGUUAAUUCCAUAAAAAUAUGUUUUUAUACAUUUGCCAGUUAUAAAUUGAAAUAAAUUUUGAAAAUUUUUGAGAUUUUGAAAGAAAAUCUUAAAGUAUUUAAAAGUGUUAUAAAAAAAGCGAAGGUGAAAAGAACAAAAUUUAAAACACAAUGGAGUUAGAAAUGGAGAAUUCAAAAAUGUUGAAAAACACCAGUAUCGUACGCAAUAUUGAUAUAGAAUUUAAGGAUCUCACCUAUAAAGUUAAAGUGCCAAAGCAAAAAGAAAAGAAAACCGUACUUAAGGGAAUUUCUGGUAAAUUCGCAUCGGGUCAAUUGACAGCAAUUAUGGGUCCUUCAGGAGCUGGCAAAUCUAGUUUAAUGAAUAUUUUAACGGGAUUUACCAAAACUGGUGUUAGUGGCACUAUUAAUUUUGGCAAUGCCCCCAAGGCCCGCAAAUUAUGCUGUUACAUUAUGCAAGAUGAUCAUUUUUACAGUCUAUUUACUGUCGAAGAAACUAUGAUGCUGGCCACUAGUUUAAAAAUCUCCAGUAAUUGCAUGAGUUUAAAGGAGAAGAAGCUAUUGAUUGAACAGAUAUUGGAUAGAUUGAAAUUGUCCAAUACCAAACAUACACGCUGUAAUCGUUUGUCUGGCGGUCAAAUGAAACGUUUGUCAAUAGCUUUAGAAUUGAUUGAUAAUCCUGCCAUAUUGUUUUUAGAUGAACCCACCACAGGCCUCGAUAGUUCCAGCUCAUUUGAUACCAUUCAACUGUUACAGUUGUUGGCCAAUGAGGGACGUACCAUUGUUUGUACCAUCCAUCAACCCUCCAGCAAUAUAUAUAAUCUCUUCAAUCAAAUUUAUGUUAUGAGUCGUGGCUACUGCACUUAUCAAGGUAGUCCCGGAAGAACUGUGGACUAUUUGAAAUCAGUGGGUCUUGAGUGUCCGGCUUAUCAUAAUCCAGCUGAUUUUUUAUUGGAAUGCGUUAAUGGUGAUUAUGGGGACUAUACCGAUUCUUUGGCACAAGCCGCCUUAUUACCACAAUGGCGUCAUGAUUACUAUGACGAACAGUCGGUAUCGUCAACUUUACAUAAUGUACAAAUUGUUAGAAUGUCUGACACAUCGCGACAAUUUGAGGACAAGAAGAGUUUAUCUCUUUCGAAUGCUGUAAAUAAGCAUAUGUAUCCACCGCCCGAAUGGAUGCGUUUAUGGUUGCUGAUCGGUCGUUGUCAUGUGCAAAUCUUUAGAGAUUGGGUAUGUAAAUCUUGGAAAUACUGAUUGAAAUAAUUUAAUUAUAGUUUUGUUUUACGUUUUGUUCAAUUUCUAACUAAACCCUAUUAAAAUCUUUACAUCAGAUUAGCUCUGGAACAGAUAGUUUAAUUAUUAGCUAGAAAUCUAGAUAUAGAAUAUAAUUUGUAACUUUAAUUAGAAGGUGAAGUUACCUGUCAAUUUGUGGUAAAACAGAUAAUUUACUUAAUUACCCUCAGCUAUGAUGGGGAUUUCUCAGUAAAUGGCUUCUUAAGUAAAAUAGAUUAUUAAAUGAAUACUGUUAAACAUUA